ACGCCAAGUCUUCCACGGUGGCUCCUCUUCUUACGUGGCAACGCGUCAACCGACCGCGAGACACUUAGCACAAAGAGAGAGACAGAAUAUUCAUUAAAAUACAUUCUCACAUUUUCUUUACUGUUUCGCUUAUUGUUAGGGUUUAGGGUUUUCUUUUAAGUCAUCAUGGGUCUGACCAUCUCAUCGCUCUUUGGGAGACUUUUCGGCAAGAAACAGAUGAGAAUACUGAUGGUGGGUUUGGACGCUGCAGGUAAAACCACAAUACUUUACAAGCUGAAGCUGGGGGAAAUUGUGACCACUAUCCCUACUAUAGGUUUUAACGUAGAGACUGUUGAAUACAAGAACAUCUGCUUCACCGUGUGGGAUGUCGGUGGCCAGGACAAGAUUCGUCCUCUCUGGAGACACUAUUUUCAGAACACACAGGGUCUGAUCUUUGUUGUGGACAGCAAUGACAGAGAGAGAGUGGCCGAAUCUGCAGAAGAGCUUUCUAAAAUGUUGCAAGAAGAUGAACUGAGGGACGCCGUGCUGCUGGUUUUCGCAAACAAACAGGAUCUGCCUAACGCCAUGGCUGUCAGUGUUCAGUCACAAACAAUAAAAUACAUAAAACUCAUACAAUACCACAUCAGGUUUAGGGUUUUCUUUUAA